UGGGUCUCCGCCCGAACCGUUCUGCGUGAAUCGGCACAACCACAGAGACGUCUGGCUCGAUGAAGCCAUGGAGGAGCCGCUGGACGUGGCACCUCUCAUCAGCGAUGCCAAGGCCUCACAGGCUUGGCGUCGCUUCUUGAGCACGGUGCUGGGGGGUGGCAGGAUUGUCCCUGGAAUGACCCUGAAGGUCUACCUGUUUCAGGCCUUGCUGUGGUUCUGCCCUGUCUUUUUCAGUGCGCUGCUGGCCUUCAAUCUCGAAGCACCCAAUGUUUGGCCCUACCUGAGACUUCUCAUGGGAGCAGCGUUGAACUUCUCCUUCGGCUUGUCUUUGGAGCUGCUGCGUUGCUUCGUGGCGCAACACGGAAAAAGCGAUGAAGGCGGUCGCGGUCGUAUGGCCUGGUGCGACGAUGAGGACGUGGACUUCCGGCGGCUCUUCACGCCACAGGUCAUGGAUCUCUUGCUGCCUCGCAGGCGUUUUCUCCUUGCGCUUUUCAGCUGCCUUUUGUCCGCAGCGCUGGGCGCGGUGACGGCGCAGUGUUUGGCGCCGCAGCAGCUGGCGAAUGACUUGCAGCUGGACCAAGCCUCCGCCUACGUGGUCAGCUGUUGGGUCUUCUUGACCGCAGGCAUGGCGCACUUUGGGCUCCAUGCGCAGCCGGCGCCGGAAGUGAGUGGCACCAGUUCCACGGACGCGCGGAGUUUUCUGGUCCUGGCGCUGCUGCUGCCGCAGCUCUGGGAUCUGCCGGUGAAUCUGGCGAGAGGGUCACCUGGCGAUGGGCAUGGCUUGGGGAAGAUGGAAAAGAUAUGAAAAGAUCCGCGGAAAA